CUACUAUUGAGCCGAUCCAAGCCGUGUCAAGCUCAGUUUGCGUACUGCAGUAAUAUGCUGUGAUUGACUUGUUUUUUAGCUGCGAAGUGCAUUUUACAUUUUAACGCGUGCAAAGAGCUGGAUCAGUAUUCCUAAAGCUACGAUAUUGAUUUUUAACCCUGUAAUGCAUAAUUUAGAACGGUCGUUGUGUCAAGGACCUCCGCGCAAAUAGCCGGUACAGCUGCUUCGGAUACCAUCUGUGCCGCCGCUCAUUGACAGCCCGAGGCACUGCUUCAAGCUCACGAUGUGGUUGCGCACGAGGUGUACAGCGAGGAGGCGAUUCGGGUGACACCACCACCGCUGACACCCUUUCUCAACGGCAACCAGGAGGCAGGUGGCAGCGAGGCCGGCGACAUGGAACAGGUCACCCGCGUGCGCCUCGUCCAGUUCCAGAAGAACACUGAUGAGCCAAUGGGCAUCACCCUGAAGCUGGACGAGGACGGACGGUGUAUUGUGGCUCGCAUCAUGCAUGGUGGCAUGAUUCACCGGCAAGCCACUCUACAUGUCGGGGACGAAAUACGUGAAAUCAACGGCAUCAGCGUUGCCAACCAAACUGUGGAGAGUUUGCAGAGAAUGCUCAGGGAUGCACGGGGUAGCGUCACCUUCAAGAUUGUGCCCAGCUACCGCAGUGCCCCGCCACCGUGUGAGUAUUUCAGGAUUAACCCCCCGCCUGUUCUAAUAUACGUUCGUGCCCUAUUCGACUACAACCCUCUGGAUGAUGACCUCAUUCCAUGUGCACAAGCUGGCAUUGCAUUCCAGACAGGGGACAUUCUACAGGUGAUCAGCAAGGACGACCACAACUGGUGGCAGGCCAAGAAAGAGACGGCCGACGGUACGGCCGGGCUCAUUCCCUCGCCCGAACUCCAGGAGUGGCGGAUGGCUUGCAUCGCCAUGGAACACGCGAAGAACGACCAAGGGGUGAACUGCUCCAUCUUCGGCCGCAAGAAGAAACACCUCAAGGACAAGUAUCUGGCCAAGCACAACGCAGCUUUCGACCAGCUGGAUGUUGUCACCUAUGAGGAAGUUGUCCGGCUCCCAUCCUUUCAUCGAAAGACACUUGUCCUGCUGGGAGCCCAUGGUGUCGGCCGAAGACACAUCAAAAACACCCUCAUUGCCAGCUACCCGAACAAAUAUGCAUAUCCCAUUCCACACACGACGCGUCCUCCGCGCAAGGGUGAAGAGAACGGGCGCAGCUACUUCUUUGUGUCGCAUGAGGAGAUGGUGUCGGACAUUGAGUCGCACGAGUACCUGGAGUACGGCACCCACGAGGAUGCCAUGUACGGCACCAAGCUGGACACCAUCCGCAAGAUCCAUGCCCAGGGGAAAGUUGCCAUCCUCGACGUCGAGCCACAGGCACUGAAGAUCCUUCGCACUGGGGAAUAUGCGCCAUAUGUGGUCUUCAUAGCAGCACCUUCCUUAACAUCUAUGCAUGACGUUGAUGGGAGCCUUGAGCGGCUAGCCAAAGAGAGCGACCUCUUGCGCCAGGCGUACGGUCAUUUCUUCGACCUGACAGUGGUGAACAACGACAUCGAGGAGACCAUCCACACGCUGGAGACCACACUGGAGGCCCUGGACAACAGUCCUCAGUGGGUGCCAGUCUCCUGGGUGUACUGACGAGCUGACAAGGGGGGUGCCGACACCCCUCAUGGACUGUUCCACUUCCAGUGAUGCCAUGGCCACUGCAGCUGUGGCCAUCUAUGCCCACAGCCACUGGGGAUCCAAAUCAGCCAGCUGUAUGUCAUUGUGCCACACAGACGGGGACUCGCCCACUCUGCCCGGCGUCAUGAAGACAACAGAAAUAGCGGCGCCAUCUGUGCCACCCUGCUCUGAAAAAAGAGCAGACCGCUGCAACCGGGUUGCAGAAAUGCAAUGCUUUUCCGCACAUUUAUGUGCCAGCUUUUAGAAAUUUUGAUUCGGUGAUUCGAAGCUUAUCCAGAGGGAAGACUGAAACUUGUAAGAUGCAAGUAGACCGUCUUAGUAUUGGCAUAUUAAGGCGCCAGCCCUGAGAUGUUGGCCUUGGUAUUCUAUUAAGCUACAGUCUCUUGGCACAUGAGCUCUCAUUGAGUUAAGAAGAUGCAUCAACAGCGUUUUGCUGAAUCUGCUUUCUUGCUGUCACCAAAAUCUCCCUGUGGACAAGGCCGCUUGAAUCACUCUUUUGCAGUGCAGACUGUGACGGCAUCGCUCAUGCUCGUUUGUUCCUGCUAAAUGUAAGUUUAAUAUUGCCACACCGGCAAUAUUAAGUACAGGAGAACCUUGUUGAUACGAUCCUGUUUCGUAUGAUUACCUGGUGUCAACAUUCACUAUCGAGAAUACAGAAAAUGACUUAGUAUAGUUAUGCUUUAUUUUUGCCGUUUAAUGUGUUCCUGGAAAAUGCAAUCUUUGGCCACCGAUGUUCAGCACAUCACCAAACUGUGAUCAUAGGAUAUGUUUCCCAGAGCUGCUGGAUCCCAUGAGAACAAGCAAAAACGCGAGGCAUGCGCGAUCGAAACCAGUAGGCGCUCGCCGUGGCAGCUUCCCCACAGUGCUUUCCUGCCCGUGUCACGUGAAAAUGCCGGCACGCGCUCAGUUUCCUUUUACAAUAGCAACAAAUCUCUCCUUCGAUAGUUGCACAUCGGAUUCACAGCUAUCACCGCCAACCGUAUUGCGAUAGGCAUCUUCACCUAUCUGUUCCACAGCGCGUGUGGCAUAGUGGCCAUUGGAAGCUUACUGCACGCUUUUAAGAUUUUAAGAGGUGACACUCAAAUGCGCUGCCAGUCCCUAGUAGCAGGCACCUGAAGUGGGCUUCAUGUUUCACUCCAGUGGCAUCGUUAUCCAGCAUUGCCCAUCAGCUUGGUUUUGUUUUGGUUUCCCAUCGCCAUCCUAAAACACUAUGCAAUAGUAAAAUGACAAGACGUGUCGGGGCUCUCUCGGGCCCUACCAGUCCAAUGUGCAUCAGCGUCUCGUGCUGCAAUGUUUCACAUGACGUAGAUGUCAACUACAAUUGAGUCUGCCAAAUUUGUUAGUGACUUUGGAUAGUACGUUUCUCUGGUUAGUGCGUUCCCUUCUCACGGUUUUUAGUGCAAUGUACAAAUGAGAUUAUACUGUACUCUUAUUAUCAGAUCGGUUGUCGUGCAAUUUGUGCACGUCCAAGUGUCAGCCAGAUUCCCUUCAUGAAUGCAGAUUAAGUCAUCUGAUAACAUAAACGCUAGUGCGUUGGUUCGAACCAGGCCACGGCAGCAGCAUUUUGUAAAAGCAGCCACUCGUACUUAGAUUUAGGUUGUGUGUUAAAGAAACCGAGGUAGUCAGAAUUAUUCCGGAGUACUCUGCAAUAGUACCUUUCAUUGCCCCACUUUUGCUUUGGAAUGUAAGAAGUUAUAAGCUAUGAAUCUUGAAUCGGUCACAAAUUGUGCAUUAAAAGUUCUGCUGUGACAUUUAGGCCCAAAUUAACUUCUGCUUACAAGUAAUAUUUUAGCUGCAGAAAAAUUAAGGGGGCGAGGCUCUGAUCAAUAAACUGCACUUUUACUUCUUACAUGUUGAUGCAUGAUUACUGAAUUUUGAUUGUUCCCAUUUCCGGGAAUCUCGCUUUUUAGUUGGGGUUUUUUUGCAAUCAUUUUUUGCUUUUGCCCUUAGGAGGCAGUUCAAUUCAUCCUCCGUUGGCAGCCAAGACAGUAUAAGCAAAGGUAUUUCAUUUUAACGCGCAAUUGAUUUAUGUCCUUUAGCACUUCGUUGUUACAGUAAAGCUGUAUAUGGCUAGCUGAUUCGUCCGUCCAUCCGUAUGUUGCUUGCACGCCAAAAACUCAUCCGGCGCAACCCCAUGUGCAUGCACGAAAAAAAAAAAGUAGUAAGAGAGGCGCGUGAUUGGCUGUGCCAGUAGUGAUGUCCUUGCUCCCUGUCAAAGGGGAGUGCGCUCGCAGCAGUUUCUCUCCGGCUCCAAAAUCGGUAGGCCACAUGUCAUAUGUAUUUCUGAGGAGCAGGCAGCUUUCGAUCAGCAGAACCGGGAAUGAGCUCGUCUACACCGUGCCGAUGCUACAGCCCGGGCUCAAGAACAGGCUCCUGCAGCUGAGCGCAAGCAGCAACUGCAUACCGAGGAUCUGGCAGCCUACCAAGCCGCCAUUUAAUUAAUCAUCGAAAUUAACUCAAUGAUAAGCACCAAGGCUGCACAUUUCAGCUUCGUUGGUUAACCAUCUGUACGGAGUGCUUGGGCGAGGAUUUUUUUUAAUACAUGCUUUCCUAUAUAUAUUUUGCCCUAUGCAGAUAUCUCAACUCUUUAUUUUUUUCUAUCUCUUGGAUAUACUGUCAUCAUUGUUGACAUGUGAUAGAAAAAAAAAAGCUAUUUAUUUUGCAGUCUUAUGUAAUUUCCUAGGUAGAUUUGCUUUUGAAAUGCAAGUGCAAAAUGUUUGUGAAGGUUACAUUGGCAUUUAGUGCUAGUCAUUCAGGCUUUGUCACUUAAGCUGUAGCACUCUUGUAUUCAAUAAUUUAAUGGACAUAUAUACUGGAGUAUGUUAUGUAGACUGGUGGGGUAUUCUGUUCAUUUCUUUGGCAGGAGGAGGUCAGCUUAGUGGAAGAAUUAGUGGAGAAAUUGGACAAAUGUUGAAUUUCGUGUCAUUUUGAUUGGCUACUUGGGCCAUUACCACUGUGAGCAGCAGUUAUAAGCUAAGAAACAGGCUGAUUAUGUUUGUUCGUUUAACAUGGUUUGGUCCAGCAACUGUGCAUAAGAAAAAUGAGAUAUCCAAUCUUUUGGGUACCGCUGUAACAAUCUCGGCAUCAAUUGCUUGCCUCUUGGGACCUCGAUAACAGAGCACCUGUUUGGAGAACUUAUCAAUGCAUAAAAACACUUCCAAGAUAGUCAGUGCUCAACAGCCAACUCUCAGUGAUUUCGCUUUUCAAAUGUGUCAUGUUCCCUGUCCAUCGUUUUUGCCAAAUAGAUUUCACAGCUUUUCAUAAAUUGGCGACAGUAAAACAAAACAGUGCCAUCAAGCAAAUCAAAUGGCCACUGUAGCCUGAGGGCAUCUUAAGGACUGCUUUACUGUUCCAAAUCGGAUAUUUCAGAUGGCAUCUAGCUUUGCCGUCCUCGAUCAUGCAUUCUUCACUUUUCUAUGUACAGUGAAGCACCACUUGACUGAAGGCCACGUUACCAAACUCUCGGAACUGUGAACGGCGUCACCAUCCCCCCAUGCUGAUGGCAUGCUCACAUACUGACAUCUCGCAUGAACAAAUUUCUACAGCUUCGUGAGAAUCCCUUGAGGUUCGCCGCAGUAAAGCUCUUCUGCUUGCAUAAAGACUAGAGGUUGACAGGAGAUCAAUUAAUGCAUGUUUUCAAAGCACACACAAUAUUUUGAAUUAUGCUGCAUUAAGCAGACUAGCAUGGCAAUACAAGUUAAUCAGAUGUUUUAUGUUGCAGGAUGCUAGUCAGUGAGGUAUUCUUUCUUUCUUUUUUAAUUGUGCGUCUUCUUUUUCUUUUCCCCUCAAGCGUCUCAAAUGCUAGCUCCACACUAUUCUCUGUUGCCGAAAGCAUCUCGCCUCGAGUGGCAUCACGAGUGUGUCAAAGCAUUGCAUUUCUGCUGCCUCUGUGUGCACGGAAAUAAUUCAUUGACUGCGCACUGCAAUACGAAGAACAACUGUUGUGCAACGACAUCGGUUCCCCACAACCGCGACCACCAGAGUGCCUCUGUAUGUUUCUAAGUGACUUUGUGGACUUCUUUAUCAAAACGGGAUCAGAGGGCAUGAGUGACUGCCUGCUCACCGAUCCCGCAACGCCUUGCUUGCUCAGGCCAGAGGGGCAUCCCGGCAGUGAACUGGCCAAAGUUAUGGAAAUCAAGGAAUGCAGUGUAGCAGUACAUUGUACAAACUGUGCACUGCUCCAUGGCAUCGCCCAUCUACUCGUCAUUAUUUUUGUUGCUUACCAAAAGGAGCAUGGAUGGAAUGAGCUUCUCCUUUCCUUUUUUUUUUCUUUACCAGAGUAUGUUUAUUGCCGGUGUUGUCAUUAUUAGAAAUGGAUGAGCCAGUUUCUCAUUCCAGAAAGUUAGCUUUCACUCAGGAAUCAUGUCAUCCUUUUCGCGCAUCAUUUAUACACUGCGCGAACUGUUGGAAAACAUGUUUCAUGUGUUAAUGACUGCUACUGCAACAGCCUGCUUCACCCAAAAUGACCGGAGUGGCAAGCUUAGCUCAGUCCUUGUGCAAUAUAGUAUGAAAGGUCUUCACAAAGGGUAGCUUUCCUGGCAUUCCAGAAUGUGAUGGAGUUAGCGUGUGGCAAUUGUUUAGCAUCAAGGUGGCAGCCUUAGUUGGAUGACUUGGGUUUCUGUAUUUUUGUAUUGCUUGUGCCAGAAGUACUCAAGAAGUACAAAGUGGGGGUUGUGGGUUACAUGCACCCACUAUAGUGGUUUAAUGGCUUUGGCAUUCUUCAGCCAAGCACAGUGUUGUGGGUUCGAUUCAUAGCUGCCAAGGCCACACACACCAAUGGGGAGACAAUGUGCGUGCACUCAUGUACCAAACUUCGAGCAUGCGUUAAAGAAUCCCAGAUGCUCAAAGUUAAUCCUGCACCUUCCUCUUACAGUACCACUCAUGAACUCUUGUGUUGCUUAGGAAUUUUAAAUCUCAUGAGUCAGUCAAUCAACCAUUAAGAUUUUACCUGUUGUGGAAUGGUGUUCGUGGCCAUAGUAACAUUCAGCCAUGAACGUGAACUUGCUGUAGCCCUUUUGGAAGAAGGCCAUCAACUGUCGGAUAGUUGGUUUCACCUUAUCAUUUUAUACAGAUGUGACAGAGCUGCUGGCCUCAUCUGCAGAAUUCACUCCUUUCCUUUAGUUACCUGGGAGCGCUGCCACUUUUUUUUUCUCCCACUUUGAGUGAAGCAGGCUGAUGCCCACAGAAGGAGAAGCGUGUGCUUGCUGUGCCGGUGCAUGAAAUCUUGAUAUUGUCUAUAGCAUUAGCAUCUUUUUAUACAGAACUGUACACUUCUGGUGCGGCAGCAAAACUUCUUUGCUGUAGACCUGUCAAAAUUCUGCACACGGGCCCAGCACUGCGUCAGCGAGUGAAGUGCAGUUCUUGUUCCAAACUCGUGUAGGUUUAAUGACACAAUACACAUACUACUGUUGUUUGUUGCGAUACUGUUGCGUAGGUGUAGCAGAAAAAAAAAACAAGAAAGAGAGAGAGAAGAGGUGGUUCACAUGAUUCACCUUCUGCUGCUUUUAAAGAAUCGAAAAUGUCACUGCUACAUAUCAAACGGUAGCCAACGUGCGAUGAUCUCUUAUGACUUCACUGUUGCAGCUGUUGUUUAUUGCGUUACACUGAUAUGAUGGGUCUUCAAUGUGACCCCUUGUGGACCUUAGAAUUGCAGCCUCCUUGAAGCGCAUAGUACGUGUUAUUGGCUUUUGAGGCACUGCAAAGUAUCGAAGUGUAGCAUAAUGUCAGUUUCUUUUUUACUAUUAUUGCAAGCUGAUGAGGCCCUUAAGAGCCCCAUUUUAUUGUUAUAACUGAGCAGCAUUUUACUGAAUGUUACAGCAGCGUUAUAUCACCUAUUCAUUUGCCUUCUGUAGCUUGCUAUUUGCUGGCAUCAUAAUGUGCAGCUAGUGUAUGCUUGCCAUUUGUGUUUGUCUUACUUCGUUUUACCUUUUUUUAUCAACCUGAGUUAUACAUAUAGUGCAUUGCAUAUUUCACGCAAUUUCAUACCAUCACCAGCAUACUUGCGGAGACAUGUAAAUUUCACAUAGUUACGUGCAAUGACUUUUGUCAACAAUUGUGUUAAAUUUGCUUGUUCUUCUCAUUCAUUGCAUUCCUUUUUUUUUCUUUGCUUGUAUGGCAAUGCCUGCAUGCUCUUACUACAGCCACGUGAUUGGUCAAUUAACCUUCUAGUAAUUCCAUUGCAUAAUUUAUUUGCAAAUUAUUAUUGAGUCAGACAAGUUCUGAAAGCUUGUCUGAAGGUAGCCUGCAUGUUCAAGUAGCUGACCUCAUUGUGCAGAGGGAAUUGAGUAAACUUCAUUUGCUGGCAGUAAGCCAGAUAAGUUAUUCACAAAAAUCACGAAGUUAGUGACAAAGUCACAUUACUAAAUAACAAAAUAUAACAGUGCAGUAACAGUGCAGCUGAGUGACUAUAAACAAGCAAAAUAAGCUUCUUUACUGCUGGAGUGAUUGAAUGUGUUUCUUCACCCCAGCCACCUUAACCUGUGACUGUCUCGGAUGACUUCACUUGCAUAGUGUGGACAUCCUGGGUAAACUAUUGGAUAAGAAAGUAGUAGUUCUUAUUUUAUUUUUUUCAUUCUCUUGAAGAUUAUGCAUGUAAGUAAACAAAACUGAUGAGCUGAUUUGUUAACUGGUGGCUUACGGUAGCUGUUUCUAAUUGGCACCAAGCCCUUGUUCGUGCACAAAUAUGCUUGCCUAUCAAAAGCAUGUGUCAUGUCCUCUUACGCCACUAUGUCAUGAUCCUCCUGUGUUAUAGCAAAUGACUUUGGAGUAGGAAGAGAUUACAAUCAUGCAAAAUUACUUCUGCAAGGCACUUGAAAUUCAACAUUUGUAAAACACUUGCAAUACGCUUGCAGGCGUGUAACAUAACUUGGCCACCGCACAGUCUCGUUAAUCAACGGCUACGUCUUCUGCUUUCUUCAGCAGCUUUGUCAUGGUCAAAUUGGGACGUUUUUCCUGCUCUUGUGUGUUAUGCCUCUCACAAUUUGUGUCUUGAGUCCACUCUACCGUCAGCCAUGCUCAGAUGGCAUGUUCAGAUGUUGUUUUCAGCAAUCAGGGGCAUUAUGUGCAAGUGUUGAGGUCCACACCCUGUGAUAAGUGUGGGGCCUGUUGUUGCACGAAGAGUGCAGAAGUGCAGUCGUCUUGCCAGAGCACCCAGUUUGGAAUGCACAGGUGCUCGUGGAAGUCUUGUGAACGUGGGAGCCACGAAACAGCUGAAUUUCCUUGGUGCACUCACUUGUGUGACCAUAGCUUCCUGUAUUGCAAAAGUGAUACAGGAAAAAAGUUGGUAGUGCACUGUUCCAUUGCUUUCUCAGAUAUUUUGCACGCAUUAUUGCUAGAAAGCACACAACUUUCAACAUCUGCUGUCUGCCUGCUCAUAAGAGCAGUGCAUAAGCCAAUUAAAGAAGUGUGUACUUUUGACUGCCAUGUGGGAAACUGGGGCCGUGCAUUUGACGCAACUGAGUGAUAGAAAGGUAAGGACGGAGAGCUGCAACAGUGCACACUAUGCAGCAUGCCCAGACUAGGGGGAAAAUUCAGUUCGGCAAUGGCUUACAUGUUCCAAGAACUUUUGGAAGCAUCUGCAAACAAGUUCGCAUGGUACGAACAUGUGGGGUCUGGCAGCCUCACAUGCUUUUCGGUUUUACCUGCAGGUCACAAAGUAAACUUGGUCGCUGCACUUGCCGUUUGUGCCAAACAAGAGAUACCACUUUGCUAACGCAUGAGUAGCUAAUCUACACAUUGCAGCUAUGCAUGCUGUUUACUUUCAGAGUGUUGAUAGAGUGGCAGCAAAUAGUUGCAAGAUAUGUUGUCACUUGGUACCGGGUGACCGUUGGAAGGCUGUUUCCUUAAAAAUCAGCAUUCAAGUGAAAAUUUAAUUUUUUUUCUGUGUCUGCUUUCUAAAAGGCAUGAAAACUUUCAGAUAGGGAAUUUUAGUUAUAGGGUUGUCUUUGCACAGAAACACUUCGAAGCAUAAAGCGAUAUACUUUCAUCAUCACAUAACAAAAGGAAAAUUAAAUUGGCAUGACAAACUAAGAAAGCUGGCAGCAACCAUGACUACCGGCACAACAAAGAUGAAUGAAAAUGUGUUUGUCUGUGUGAUACUAGUAAGUGUGAAAAAUGAGAUUUGUUGGGACAGUAGGCUUUGCAAUGUCGGCCAUAACACAAACAUAGUUUGGCUUACUUCUUUGUACUUGAAGCCAUGAUGUUUGCAGCAACGCAACAGUGUCCUGUUAUUCUUCUACAUGGAGGCUUCUGCUUAUAUAUAGGGUGUCCCAUGUAACUCGAGCCCAGCUUUAAAGAUGUGCAAAUGCCAUAUAGCUGGACAGAACCAAAGUGAUGUUGUAAUGAUGUUUACCAUCACUUGGAGAUACUGAGAUUAUUUUUUAAAAUACUGCUUAAUUACAUAAUUAUUCCCAAGUAAUUAGUCAACUCCUCAUAUAAUUAGAAUAAAAGUGUCAAUGAGAAAAUUUCAGAGCAAUAUCAAAAACCCCUGAUACAGCUUUCUCUUGCCCAAUACAUGGUACAUAAAAGUGUUUUUCCAAGCAUGAAAGAAGCCACCAAAUACACGAAAAAUUGCCAUGUCACUGUCUGCUCGAAGAACUUUGCGUAUAUACGCAAGCUGCUCUCAUGCUUGGAAAAACACUCUUGUGUAGCACGUAUUGAGCAGCAUAAAACUUUAGUGAGAGAUGUUGUGUUGCUCUACAAUUUUCUCAGUGACGCUUUUCAUCUAAUUAUAAUAUUUGAGAAGUCUUAAUUAAGACUAAUUAUGUAAUUAGGCAGAAUGAAAAAAAAAUAAUUGAGCAUCUCCAAGCGAUGACAAGCAACAUUACCUUGGUUCUGUCCAUCUAUAUGGCAUUUACAUAUCUUUAAAGCUUGGUUCAAGUAACGUGGGACACCCAGUAUAUAUUUAAAUUCGGAGUUUUCGUUAAUCUUAAAUACUUCCCCUUUGUGGCCAGCAAGACGUUAUGAAACAUCUUAUUUUACACGUCAAGUGUCUCCUACAUGCAUUGUUGAAGUUCUGUUAAUCACCUCAAUGGUUUUUACUGUGUUCUUUUUUUACCACAGAUAGUUAUACCAUAAUGUUGUGGCUUUGUUGCACUUCGGCCAAAGCAGUGUUGUCUGUCUAGCAUUUGCAUGUUGUGGGAAGGAGGCCAAAAGCUGUAUUCUGGAAGGGCCACUUUCAUGCGAUACAGUGGAAGCUCACCCAUAUGUUUCCAGCAUGUUCUCGGUGUAGGACAGAUUAAACUCGCCCCACUCUGAUCACACGAUUCAGGUCGUAACUUUUCCCAUAUAAUGUGCUUUCCUAAGUGCAUUAUUCCCUUUUCUUUUUUUCUCAAGACAUAUCGAUAAGGUUCCAUCAGACAUGUUUUAUGCAAUGUGACACACAGCAUGGGCAACUGCAAAGGGCAGCAAUUGUGAAAUAAUUUCUUCUGCAUAUUUUGUGAAUGGCGCUGGGUAAAUCAUCACUACGCCAGUCGUCGUAACAUGCACGGCAGGGUAAAGGCCUCUCCCAAAAAUCGCCAAAACACUUCUUGCCUAUAUCAAUGAAAUACACCCUAAGCCUGCGAAUUUCCUAGUAUCAUCAGACAGUAAUUGUCUGCCACCUUCAAGUGUGUUUUCCGUUCUGUCACGCUAACAAACUGCCUGUUGUCUCUUCUACACAUCACAUAACCUCUAAGUCUCUUAUUGAUCUUAGCCUCCGUUAUUCAAUCUCCUAUUUACACUGCCGUCUUUCUCUCAACAUUGCACCUGCCAUUUACAUUUUUACUCACCGGACUAAUAUGCGCUACAUGAAAUCGAUGCAGACAGGAAGUAUGCUCGCCCACAAAUUGCUUUCAUCCCAGUCUCUUCCUCUGGACCAAGUAAGUAGUUGGCAAGCACCAAGACUGAUGUUGCAGAAAGUGGUCAUUUCGGAGAACAGCUUUAGCCACUCUUGAAUGCUCCGAAGAAGUUACCAGUUACUGGGAUCUCUAGCAGCUUUAUUGGGCUGUUUAGGACUGAGGCGUUCUGCAAUGUGUGUAAGCAGUUAUGGGCUUUUGUGGUGUUCACAAUGUCACGUUAGCUUGCUUCCCUUGUUUGCUGGUGGGGACGCUACGCAACUGCUGGUUUUUAUUGCUUGUUCUUCAUAUGCGCAGGAAGAGUGCGCAGCUUUUGCAAGACCUGCCUAGAAAAACUGAAGGGCAGUCUCAUUGUAACAUGGCUUAUUAGAAUGUUCACCAUGCAUUUCACAUCACAUUCCUCUUCGUGUACAUUGGUGCAAUGAGUAGUGCUAAGACUUCAGCUGAGCAUGAGUUCUGUGGAGGCUGUGAAUGACGCACUGAAAUACAUAAUUUCUUUCCACUCAUUUCAGCCAAGCAUCCACGCUGAGGCAAAAAUGUUGUGCAGAAUUUUAUGUUUUCUUGAAUGUGCUAGCUGGAUGAUGCUUAUUUCUUAACAUUUGGGUAGUAUACAUGUUUAGGUCGUUUUGCUACAAUGUUCCUUUCCUUUUUUUUCGUGUAAACAUGCAAUGAUUGUUAAAAGCAUGCACAUUCCUGCAAAAGAACUUUACCGAUUCCCUCGAUUUUACUUGAAUGAAAAAGAAAACAGAAAAGAGCAGGUACAUACUGGUACGAACAAUUGAAGGUUUACGUGACUAGUCAUAAUUCAUCACUCAUCCACAAUAAAAGGCAGUGCUCACAAGGACUCCAAUAAAAAAAUAAAAUAAAUGAAGCUGCCUUUUACGUCACAUGUGUGAUACACUACAUAUACUACAUAUGACCUAAUCUACAGGGUUUACAUAGUUUAGAGAAUUCAUGGGUUAUUAAAUAAAGUAAAUACAACUGUG